CUCACCCACCCCUUUCUCUUGGCGGCCAGCUGCCGGCUCGUAAGGCUGGGGAAGCGGAGCUGCGCGCGUGGCGGAGCGAGGCAGCCGUCCCCGAGCGCCGGGAUGUAUUACAAGUUCAGCGGCUUCACGCAGAGGCUGGUGGGGGCCGGUGCUUCCGCCGCCUACGCCCCGCAGGGACUCAAGCCAGUUGUAUCUACAGAGUCGCCAACUCUAAUAUUUGCAACACCAACUAAAAUUGCCUCAGACGUACCGUCCACCGUCGAGUAUCUUGGUAAAAACCGGGUACCGGAGCUGCAGAAGUUUUUUCAGAAGCCCGAUGGUUUGCCAGUGCACCUGAAACGGGGCCUUCCUGAUCAGCUACUUUACCGGACCACGAUGGCACUAACAAUAGGAGGGGCCAUCUACUGUCUGAUAGCGCUCUACAUGGCGGCCAACCCGAGAAAGAUGAAAUGAAUGAUCCCUGAUUAAUAGAGACUAAUGACUAUCCACUGGAAGGAAGACUUGCACUUAACCUUCUGCCAUUACACUUCAAUCAUGUGAUUGUAUGUUGCAAAUUCUAGAGAUUCGAUUUGGGGUUUACGAAAAGUUCAGGAAAUGGUGACCUUCUAACGCUUAGGAGAAGAGGAGCAAAAUUAAUACCAGAAGUUGAGAAGAAAGCCAUUAUCUCCUGUGUAGUUUUGAAGAUUAGUCUUCACACCCUUGACUUGAAAAUAAGAGAGGUUCCUGACAGUAGGGCAGGCUAAGUUGACAGUGCAAACUAGAAAUGAAGUUGUUACGUUGAUUGGUGACCUUUUAGGGACAAGGGCAUUUGAAAAUCUUGCUGAAAGUGCAUUUGACUUGCAGAAGAAAAGAUUAUGGACUGAACUACUCGGCUGAUUCAAAAUGGCAACCUGAAAUUAUUUAGCUUGAUAAUUCUCACUGGAAUCUACCAUUUAGGCCCCUUCUCAAAUUAUGUGAUGAGCCUGACUGUGAUUUUUGUGGAGUUGUUUCAGCACGGCUAUGUUGUUUUGAUUAGCUCCUGACAUUUUCUUCUGAUGAUCUGUACCAGGCAUCCCCAAACUGCGGCCCUCCAGAUGUUUUGGACUACAAUUCCCAUCAUCCCUGACCACUGGUCCUGUUAGUUAGGGAUCAUGGGAAUUGUAGGCCAAAACAUCUGGAGGGCCGCAGUUUGCAGAUGCCUGAUCUGUACACUUCAUUCCAUUUCCAUGAGCCAUCUCUUGGAAGCGGAGUGUUGCGUUCAAAGACAGGUUCUGUGUAGAAACACUUGACUCCACCAUGGUCCCCCCUCCCACUCCCCCAUCUCUCUAAGAUAAAAUUCUAUUGGUUUUAACCUUGGAAUAAAUACAGCAGUACAAAUGCUGCA